AUGGACUUUAAUAAAAUGGACGAUUGCACUUCACCGCUGACUCCAGAAUUUUAUAUCUUUCUAUUAUUCGGUAUGUCAUUGCCUUUGAUUUUUUUCUUCCUGAUAACCAAAAGAAGCCGGAAUCAAUCGAAUGCUUGCUGGAGACUUUUGCAACACGUCUUCCAGGGAGCAAUUAAAUCUGAAUUUAUACCGGAAUUACAAGAAAUACUUGCCAUUCAAGGCCCAGAAAUAACUUUACCGGCAACUUCCCUCGACGAACAUGAAACUACCGCCAUGUUGACCGCCAUCCAAAACGGAUCUUGUGAAGUUGUCGUCUUUCUAAGGGAGCUUGGAGUUGAUGUUAAUCUCCGUGGGACUUUCGAGUGGAGGGGAGUCAAGUAUGACAAUGUCUCACCUCUAUGCGCAGCCAUAAUAAGCCGUCAGGUGGACAUUGUUUACGAAUUUGUCAUCGUCGAAGAGGACCAGUUGGAUGAGGUCACCGCCGACAUGGACGGAAUUAAGAACAGCUCACUUGAUAAGGAGCACAAGAUUGAAGUCUUGGAAUUAAUGGGAGCCGCCUACGCUCUUUGCCCAGUACCAUUUAGUUACGCCAUUUCUAUCUGGAAAGAAGCCACGAGACUUCGCUACUCGACAGUCGAUGGACAACCGGUGAUCCCCAAAACAAUUUCGCCUCCGUCUGAUCUUUUUGCCAAGGCGAUGGGCUUCACUUCUGAAUUCCUGACAUUGGAACACCUCGAGCAACUCGAAGCCCAGCUUGACUUUGAUGAUGACUACCCUGAAUUGAAUCUCUACACUCAGGCCUUGUUAGUCAUUCAGAGGAUUAUGGAUAAAUCAAAUCCCGAGGAACAUAAAUAUAUCCUCGCGCUAUUGUGCGCUUACGCCUUGAAUAACUUCCACAAUGACAGGAAUCGAGCCGUCAGCAUCGGAAUGUACCUAUUGAGUCAAUUUCAAGGACUUGAAGACUUGGAUGAAGACUUUAACAGCGUAUUAAUAGAAACGAUUGGGAUGCUAGUUACAAAUUUCAAAAACCUCUAUGACAUGCCCAUCGGCUCCGACCGAGUAGAGCUAUCGUUCGCCAAUCUAAUAACAACACUGGAAAGUACCUUAAAAGUGAAUCAAAAUACGGUUGACUACCUUGAUGACUACGAUAAUUUUGCUUUGUUGACUUUGGACUUGAUUGGCUUUUUAACCGAUAUGCUCCCUGUAUUAAGUAAACAAGAAAGUCGUCGAUUAAAGCAGACUCUUAUCAGUUUCAAUCACACCGACUUUAGGUUCCACAUGGUAGACCAUGGAAAUGUUCUACACCUGACGUGUCGUCAGUGUUAUGAAGACUUAAUAGAACCGACACGCUUUCCAAUCAGCGUGAUAAAAGUUUUGCUGGAACUGGGAGCCGAUCCGAAUUUUACUUCGUCCUACUUUGAAGAGACUCCUCUCCACAUUCUAGCGAAGAGCAACCAAUGGGAACUCUGGCUGGAGACAACGAAUAUUACCGAAGCAGUUCAGCUGCUGUUGGACUCGGGAGCCAAUAUCGAUCAGCCAGAUGGCAAAGGAAAAACAUGUUUGGAUCUUUUCAAACUCAAAGAAAAAGAAUUGAGUAAAAAAGGAACGCCAAGCAUUUUCCUGCAAAAACUGAUCCAAAGAGAGCAGCUGCGGCCGCUUAAAUGUUUAGCUGCCCAAGUGAUUCGUCGGAAUCGAAUCCCAUUCGUCCCCGGCGACCUGCCAAACACUCUACUCACGUUUGUAAACCGUCACUGA